CUGGCCCCGCUGGGUGGGCGGUGCUUGCUUUGAACAAAACUUUAUUGUUUCGCCGUGGUGGCGGUGGCGGCGGCGCGUAGGAUGCGCUGAGGCUUCCCCCGCCCGGCCUCGGCAUGUCAGGCAGCCGGCAGCCGCCGCUGCAGCACGCUCCCCCGGGCGGGCAGGGCGCCGCGGCCUCCGCCGUCACUUCGGCUUCGUCGUCGUCGUCGUCGGCGGCGCCGGGCUCCUGCUCUUCGUCCGCGGGGCCCCCUGCGCGGCCUGUGCUGGUGGCUGCGGCCUCUGGGCUUUCCCGGCUGGCGGGGGCGGCUAGGCCCGGCGGCGGCUCCUCAUCGGGCGGCGGCUCCUCGUCGGGCGGCGGCGGGAGCAGGAAGAGGCCGCUGCUGACCCCGCUCUGCAACGGGCUCCUCAACUCGUACGAGGACAAGAGCAACGACUUCGUGUGCCCCAUCUGUUUUGAUAUGAUUGAAGAAGCAUACAUGACGAAAUGUGGACACAGUUUCUGCUAUAAAUGUAUUCAUCAGAGUCUGGAGGAUAACAACCGUUGCCCCAAAUGUAACUAUGUGGUUGAUAACAUAGACCAUCUUUACCCCAACUUUUUAGUGAAUGAGCUCAUCCUCAAACAGAAGCAAAGAUUUGAGGAAAAGCGAUUCAAACUGGACCAUUCAGUGAGUAGCACCAAUGGACAUAGAUGGCAGAUAUUUCAAGACUUAUUGGGAACUGAUCAGGAUAACCUUGACUUGGCCAAUGUUAACUUGAUGUUGGAGCUGCUUGUGCAAAAGAAGAAGCAGUUGGAGGCAGAGUCCCAUGCUGCCCAAUUACAGAUCCUUAUGGAAUUCCUCAAGGUUGCCAGGAGAAAUAAAAGAGAGCAACUGGAGCAGAUCCAGAAAGAGCUGAGUGUUCUGGAAGAGGAUAUUAAACGAGUGGAGGAAAUGAGUGGCUUGUAUUCCCCAGUCAGUGAGGAUAGUACGGUGCCUCAAUUCGAAGCCCCCUCGCCUUCGAACAGUAAUAUUAUCGAUUCCACGGAGUACAGCCAGCCUCCAGGAUUCAGUGGCAAUUCUCAGACUAAAAAACAGCCAUGGUAUAACAGCACGUUGGCAUCAAGGCGGAAGAGGCUUACAGCUCAUUUUGAGGACUUGGAGCAGUGCUAUUUUUCCACCAGGAUGACUCGUGUAUCAGAUGACAGCAGACCUACAAGCCAGCUGGAUGAAUUUCAGGAGUGCCUAUCCAAGUUCACUCGCUACAAUUCUGUCCGACCUUUGGCAACGCUGUCUUAUGCUAGUGAUCUUUAUAAUGGCUCCAGCAUAGUAUCCAGUAUCGAAUUCGACCGGGACUGUGACUAUUUUGCUAUUGCUGGGGUGACAAAGAAGAUUAAAGUCUACGAGUACGGCACAGUCAUUCAGGACGCAGUGGACAUUCAUUAUCCUGAGAAUGAAAUGACCUGUAAUUCCAAAAUCAGCUGUAUCAGCUGGAGUAGCUACCACAAGAACCUGUUAGCCAGCAGUGACUAUGAAGGCACAGUCAUCCUGUGGGAUGGGUUCACAGGACAGAGAUCAAAGGUCUACCAGGAGCAUGAGAAAAGAUGCUGGAGUGUUGACUUUAACUUGAUGGACCCUAAACUACUGGCUUCAGGCUCUGACGAUGCAAAGGUGAAGCUGUGGUCUACCAACCUGGAUAAUUCAGUUGCAAGUAUUGAGGCCAAGGCUAAUGUGUGUUGUGUCAAAUUCAGCCCCUCUUCUAGAUACCAUCUGGCUUUUGGCUGUGCAGAUCACUGUGUUCACUACUAUGAUCUUCGCAACACUAAGCAGCCAAUCAUGGUGUUCAAAGGGCAUCGCAAGGCAGUCUCCUAUGCAAAGUUUGUGAGUGGAGAAGAAAUUGUCUCUGCGUCAACAGACAGUCAGCUGAAGCUAUGGAAUGUAGGGAAACCACACUGCCUGCGCUCUUUCAAGGGUCACAUCAAUGAGAAGAAUUUUGUAGGCCUGGCAUCCAACGGAGACUACAUUGCCUGUGGAAGUGAAAAUAACUCCCUCUACCUGUACUACAAGGGCCUCUCAAAGACACUUCUGACUUUCAAAUUUGACACAGUAAAAAGCGUCCUGGACAAGGACCGGAAAGAGGAUGACACAAAUGAGUUUGUCAGUGCUGUGUGCUGGAGGGCACUGCCAGAUGGGCGUUCAAUUUUAAGAUUUGAUCAGACAGUUUCACCUCUGAGUGAAAUGAAAGCACUCAUGCAGAACUAGUCACGCACCUAGCUUUGACAACAAAAGCUUUUGUUUAUGUAGGCUUCUAUACUGUAACUAUCAUUUUAGUAUCAGAGCCUCUGUACUAUAGAUUUCACACUAUGUCUGCUACUAUGGUCUGGAUCAAAAUGGAUUAGAACCCAAAACUUCAGGUCAGUCUAAUGUCAAUCAAGUUGCCCAGCCUUAAGCAAUAAUAGAACUUUGAUGCUAGGCUGCAUAUUAAAGAGGGCACUCAGGCAGAUCUGACGAACAAUUCGCUUUUCUUAGUCUUGUGUCUUUUAUUUUACAUCUUUGAAGAGGAGUCGCUCACUCCUCAUUGGGGUUUACCUUGACCUGCUGCUGAUUAUUGUUGUUCCUACUGCCCUCCGUGUGCUAGGUGCUGUACCUACAGAGUAAAAGAUAGACCUUGCUUUGGAGGGCACAGUGGGUCUUAAUUUAAGUACCUGUACAGAACAAGCCAUUUAGUCAAACAAAAUAAAUCUGAAGGUAGAAUUUCAUUAAUAGCUGCUUUGAGGAAUGGUUUACAAAUACCCAGCACAGCAUGGAGUCAUUUAAAAAUAAAUCUGAACCAAACCAAAUUAUAUUUCAUAAAACAAUGGAUCCCUAUUAAACACAGCUAAACAUUACCCACCACAUUGGGGUUGUUGCAGCUAAACAGGAUUGUUCAGCACUCUUUCAAGGUGUUUUGAUUCUACAAUUUGAAAUAGGAUUUUUUUUAUAAAGCAAAUAACGCUCAAGCUACUUUAGUCUUUUGUAUUUUAUUGCAUACCAUAAUCACUUUAUCCCAAACUCUUGUUCUGGAUUGCCGAACCUGGAAUGAAGCAAACGAUUUACUGCAUUGCCAGGGGUUUAGUGUGCUAAGGUUUUUUAAAUUCACUUCAGUGCGUCUGAAGUGAAUAUUAAGUUAAAGGGACAAGUAUAGUCGACACAGUCUGGGGAGCUGGCGGAGAAGACAAUGGCAUUUUUUCCCCACUUACUAAUAAUAAUGAGAGAUACUGCAAGGAAGAUAAGAGAGCGAUAUUGGGAGGAAGGAUUGGUUCAGAUCCAUAGAAAUUCCUUUGGCCAGCAAUCUGCGGAGAGCAUGUAAAUACAAUUCAGAGGAAGGAAGUGGUUGCAUCCCUCCCGAAUGUCACCAUAGACAGAAGCUUGCAUUGUUCUCCAAACUGCUAAAUGUGAGUCUGGCAUAGAUUUUCCACAGCUCCUAGGCUGGUGAGCUUGAUUGCCUGCGGCCAGGCUGCUAAUGCUACUGAAAAAGACUUGCUGUGCAGCAGUCUGCUCUGGCUGAAUUAGAGAUCUCCUCGUGUCCACUGAACAGUGGAAACAGAUACAGUUUAUGAAGAGUGUACUCGUGGAAAGUGUUACAUCUCUUCUGAAUAAAAAAAAAAAUCUUUGAUUUAGAAUUGAAAGUGAAUAGUGCUUCCAUUUCCAUACAGUGUUUCAGAACUUGUAUGUUGAUUUGAGCAUACCAGGAGACAGGUCAAUUUGCACAAACCAUGGUAAAAACAAGAAAGAGAUGAGCUGAAAGUAAAAUCAGCAUAUUCAUAUUAAAAGAAGGGGCUUGGGUUCAUUUUGCAAUGUACUUGUUGUUUUCACUAGUGCAAAAUUUGGUUACUGUACAGGAAAUUAUUGCCUCACAUCUGAGUAUACAUUACAAAACAAGUACUCUGAAUUCUGUUGGAAGACCUGUGAAAAUUUGAGGCAACACACAGGUCAGCACUUGCUAGCAACCUGUUACAAAACUAACAAAUGUUUUACAAGCAACUAUGCACAGGUUGAAGUGGAUACUUUGUCUCUUAGGCCUUGUCUACACUACCAGGGUAAGUCGACCUAAGUUACGGAACUCCAGCUACGUAGCUGGAGUCGAUUUAGCUUAGGUUGACUUACUGCGGGGUCUACACGGCACUGGGUCGACGGGAGACACUCUCACGUCGACUUACCUCAUAUUUCUUGUUCCGGUGGAGUACCGGAGUCGAUGGGAGAGCAAUCUACGGUCAAUUUAGCAUAAAUCGACCCCCAGUGCAUUGAUCACCACAGCGUCAAUCCCUGGUAAGUGUAGACAGCCCUUAAACUUUUCCCUUAUGCCUGUCAAUUAAUCCAUACCAUGCAGUUAACCAAUGUACAGCUGUCCAUGUUAUGUUGGGUUUCUGAUGCUUGCUUAUUUAUCAGUGCUUGUAAAACUAAAAUAUGCCUGUAAAUUUUUUUGUCAUGCUUUUACCUUUUAAGGUGAAUGCACAAUUUUGGUUAGAGAUGCAUAGUUCAUUGGCAAGCUGUAAAAGCUUCCUCUCAGAUAUUGUUCCAGCCAUAGACUUCAGUACUAACUUGCAUCACUUUUGCCAUUCUGAUCCUGAGCCCAGAGCAGCUCAGUCUGACCAACAGAAGGCUUUACUAUUCCAGUAGCAGGCCUCUCCCAAGAGAUAGUGACCAUGUCUCUACUACAAACUUAAGUCAACAUCCAGCUGCCACAGUAAUAAAGUUGGCUGCGCAUGUCCACGCUCCUUGUGUCAGUGGAGUGUGUCCUCACUAGUAGUGCUUGCAUCGAUGCAGAGAGCAGUGAGGUUUUGGGGAGGGCUUGCAGUGCUUCAUGGGACUAAAACAUUCUCACAGGGGUGACUGAGAAUAUGGUUUCAACAUCCCAUGAUGCAGUUUUCUCCCUCCCCUGAUUUCAUCUGCAAUCUAUAUUUCAUGCCUUUUUUUUAAAAAAAAAAAAAAAAAAAAAAAAAAAGCAGGCAUAGCUGUGUGUAUGGCAUCUGCAGAGAUGCAUGGACCCUGCUCAGCUGUGUACAGUUGUGGCAAGUGUCGCAAACACCACAUGCCUUACCCUGCAGUAUUUCCAGAGCUGUGAGAGGAACCGCCACAUCCUUCAAGUAGCCCUGCUGGAAUGAAACAAUUCCCAGUUGCUGCUGGCAGUCGUGCAGCAGCUUAACACAGUGGAGCACUGGUUCUGGUCCUGAGAAACAAGCACUCACUAGUGGGAUCACAUUGUUAUGCAGUUAUGGAAUGAUGAUCAGUGAUUGCAGAAUUUCUGUAUGUGCAAGGCCACUUUUCAGGAACUGUGUGUGGACCUCUCCCCAGCCCUGCUGCUCAGCAACACUAAAAUGAGACCCGCUUUGACAGCAGAGAAACGAGUGGCAAAUUCUGUGUGGAAGCUUGCAAUGUCAGACUGCUAUCAGUCAGUGAGCAAUCAAUUUGGAAUUGGUAAAUCCACGGUGGGGGGUUGCUGUGAUCCAGAUAUGCAGAGCUAUUAAUAUUCUUCUGCUAAGAAAGAUAGUGACUCUGGGCAAUGUGCAGGACAUAGUGGAUGGUUUUGCCACAACGGGGUUCCCUAAUUGUGGUGGGUCAAUGGAUGGCAUGCAUUUCCCUAUCUUGGCACCAGACCAUCUUUCAAAAAGUACCUAAACAGAAAGGGAUACUUUUAUAUUGUUUUGCAAGCACUGGUGGAUAACCAGAGGUUUUAUACCGAUAUCAACAUGGGAUGUUGGUGCAUGAUGCGUGCAUCUUUAAGGCGGUCUGUUCAGAAAGCUGCAAGCAGGGACUUUCUUUCCGGACCGCAAAAUUACUACUGGUGAUGUCCAAAUGCCAAUAGUUAUCCUGGGAGAGCCAGCCUACCUCUUACUCUUAUGGCUCAUGAAGCCGGACACCUGGAUACCAGCAAGGAGCAGUUCAACAAUAGAUUCAGCAAGUGCAGAAUGGUGAUUGAAUGUGCCUUUGGCCAUCUGAAGAGUCGCUGGUGCAGUUUGCUCACUUGAUUAGAUCUCAAUGGGGGAAAAAAAAAAUAUCCCUAUGGUUUAUAGCUGCCUGCUGUGUGCCUCAUAUCUGUGAAGCAAAGAGAGAAGUUUCCACAAGGAUGGAAUGUGGAGGUGGAUAAACUGUCUGCUAAUUUUGAGCAGCCACAUACCAGGGCUAUAAGAAGAGCUCAAUGUGGAGCAGUGUGUCUCAGGGAGGGUUUGAAAACCCAUUUUAGUAGUAACCCACAGUAAUGCGCGCUGCCUUUCUGUAUUGGGCCUACCAUAAUCUGAACCUUGAUGUGACUGCUACGUUUCUUUUCCAUGCACAUCACCCCCAGUGCCUCAGAUUCCCUGUUCUUUUCCUCCCCUUCUGCUUUGAAUUAAUAAAGAUUUCAUUUU